AUGACAUCUGGUCUUAGGAAACCCGACAUCUACCCCGAGUAUUGCCAUGAGCUGUCUCCUAGCAUCAAAAGAUGGUGCCCCUUGCGCGCGAUUGAUGUCCAUGAUCUUGCUGAAUGGGGCAUGUUCAGCAAUGGCCGACGUUUAUACCACCAUGGCAAUCAUCCCAUAAAAUGGGUUCGUCUUACGGGCCUUAUCGUUGCGGUCGAUGAAUUCGCCAAAAAGAGGGUAUACACUCUUGAUGACAGCAGCGGAACGUGUAUCGAAUGCAUUUGUCCAGCUCCCCCUACCGCCGCCGAAGAAGCCAUUGCCGCAGCCACAACCAAUACUGUUGUCAUUACCAAGAAGUCAAAUGAAACUAAGGCCGUCGUCAACGAUGGACCUUCCGUCACCAAUCCCAAUAUUCCCUGGGAUGAUCUCGACGUGGGCACAGUGGUUAAAAUCAAAGGGGGGAUCAACACAUUUCGAGAUCAGAAGCAGGUUGAGAUCAUCAAGGUCGAGGUUCUUAAGAGUACAGAUCAAGAGGUUAGAUGCUGGAAUGAAGUUUUGGAAUUCAGGAAAGAUGUUCUUCGCGUUCCAUGGAUUUUAACUCCAGAGCAGGAGGAGAAAUGUAGGAGGAGGGCGAUGAAGGAGAAUUCACGUGCAUUGAAGAAGAGUUCGAGUAAAAAGCAUGGGGAGAUUAAAGAUAAGAAGCUGGAAAGAGUUAAAUAUGGAAGUGAUAAAGGAAAGCGGUCAUCGAGCACUACAGCACAUUCGAGUAUCAAAAGAUACAGAGGAGAUGAGACGAGGAACAUGGUGAGCGUAAGGGAAUCAGCAAGAGCAGAACACAGACAAUCACGUCCACGGCAUACAGAAGAUGAGGCCAAGAAGAAGCAUCAGACUCGACAGGAUACCACAUAUCGAUAUAAAACUUGA